AUGGAACAGCAGACCUCGACUUCAACGGUAACAGUCGAGUACUUCGAUCCCCACGAUGUUUACAAGCUCCUGGCCCCGGGGCUAGUCCCCCGCCUACCCCUUCAUAACCUGCACUGGCAGUCUCACUCCGGGCCGCUUCGAUCAAUCGAUACGCUGCACGUUGAGCUGGUUCGGGGAAGUCUCGAAGUCCCAGAAGCUACGCUAUCUCCCACAGCGCGACGGUCUGGUAGCGUCCCGAGGGUUGAGGAUGUCUUGCGGUCACGGAGUGUUAGUGUCUCUACGGACUCGGGCAGAGCUCGCGCGCCGUCUCUUCGCUCGAAAGCAAGUGGUAAUCUACGACGACAUCAGAUCCCAGGACUUCGACGAACGCCAUACCUCAAGCUCCUUCUAGUUCGAUGCGACGACAACGACUCUUACAAGAACUCGGUACGGGCCGAGGUCCGAGAAUGGGUCAGGAACCAUACUGCGCCAGCGACGUCUUCAAAGAAGGGGAGUGGCCAAGAGAAUCAUGAUGCGUUUGAGUGGCUUAUUGUGCAUGUUGUCAUCCCCAACACCGCAGCGUCGACUCAGCCCAGAAGUAGCGGGAAGUCGGACAGCACGGAGAAGACUACAACGUCGAGAUGGCGGACAGGGACAACCCCCUUAUUGGAGAAGCUUCGAUCCGAUUUCAACACAGCGACCAAGGGCGCCCAAGAUCGUGUCACGCAGAUUAGAAUCGGGAUCAACGACGUGCCAUACGACCUUUUACCUAGAGUGGUUCCAGCUGUGCCAUCGGGCUACAACGAGACGGAACAAGAUGCCGAGAAUGCUUGGAAUGAUUUGAUAGGGAAGAUCAAAAGCCAAAUUCUGACCUCAUUCGACAUGCGAGUGACCCAGUACGAAGAGGAUAUUCGAGAAAAGGACGCCCAACGAACUCUUCCUGGCUGGAACUUUUGCACAUUCUUCAUUCUCAAAGAAGGUUUGGCGAGAGGCUUCGAGAGCGUUGGUCUUGUCGAAGAUGCGCUUGUGGGGUAUGAUGAACUUAACGUUGGUCUGGAUACUGUUAUACAUGAGCAGCUCGAAACAGGCUCGCCGGAGAGACACGGUGGCGAAAUGGCGGCUUUCACGGAAGAGCUCAGAGACAUCGCAGAGCGAGCAUUAGAAGCUGUUACUAAAGAUAGUAGCGACGAGGAAGGCGGUGAUACUGAAUCGAACGCCGCAGGACCUCGCUUUGGAGAGAUUGCAAUCAGUUCGACCACAAAGGCAUACCGAGACAUGAUCCUUGCGAACAAGGUUUCCAUCUUCGAUUUUAGAUGCUACAUCUUUUCUCGCCAGGUCGCCCUGCUUCUAAGACUAGGAAACGCGUUAUCCUCCAAAGAGGAGCUAAUUGCGAUGCUCAAGACCCAACAGAAGGAUAUUCUCUAUGGCGAAGCACCUUUAGCAAUGCCACCGCCGAACCAAAAAGACGAACCGGAGAAUCUCAUCACUUUUGCCGACAUAUGCCAGCGGACAUUGCAGUUUAUUCCAUCAGUAUCGCAGAUAUUGCGACAAGAUAUCAUUGUGGGAUUAACAGCAAACAAAACGCCAAGCAAAAAAGCGCCAAGGUUGAGCCCCCAAGCGGAAGAAACAAUAGAUAAUAUGGUGGCCUCGUUUGCCUUUUCUGUCGCUCAGCAGAUCCUUGCUCAGACCUCUACAAAAGCACUUCCAAUUCCGCCCUCUUCGCUAUCUUAUGGAGAUGGACUCGAGCCAAAAUCCUCCAUCCCAGAGCCUAAGACGAUGAUCCAUCCGGCUCGCAACUCGUCGCUCUCACCAAGAUCAGGAAUACCGCCGCCUCCACUUAGCCCAAGCUUCUUUCCCGGGCCUGGUAGGCAAUUACCAGCCGGGGGCGACGCAAAGGGCCCGAAUGGUUUUCUCAAAACCGGCUUGGAAGAUUUGGCGGCUCGACGAGCCGAGUUGUACAUGCUAUCUAGAAGCAUCCUGUCGAGCCUCGGCAAGAAGCGCAGCUGGAGUGACGGCUGGGAUGAAGCCCCCUUGAUUCGGGGAAUUGGUAUUGAUGACAUGGAAGACGUCAAUCUGGAUGAAGAUGAGCGUGAUGGUGAAUCUGAAAACACCUCGCCAAAGAGCGCUUAUUCACCGCUGAUGUCUGGUAUUGACAACACUGUGCUGCGGACUGCAGUCGACAACAAGGACGAUUUCUAUCGACUGUUUGAGAUCCUUACAGAUAAAGCCAUGCGCCACUACACCGUUGCCAACCAUGAUCACGCAGUUCACUCAAGCUUGGCUGAUUUGGCUGUAUUGAAAGUUCACCUGAAAGACUACAAGGCUGCUUCAUCUUUCUUUUCUGUCACUACGCCAUUCUUUGGAGAGAGCGGCUGGAGCUUGCUUGAGCUGUCUAUGCUUAUCAUGUACUGCCAGUGCCUGGAUGAUGUGAAUCCACAAGGCGAGCAUGUCGGCGUGGCCUUGAAACUUUUAACUAAAUACUGCUCUGCAGAGAAGGAACGACUUCAGAAAAAAUCAGGAUUCAGUAGCUUCUCAAGGGACAAGACAUAUCCUGAUGCUUGGCCAGUCACUGGAAUUGUAGAAAAGCUUACGAAUCUGGCCAAGUCGUUGUCAAAAGAAGUCAAGGUUCCCUUUGAGAGCUUCUUCACCGACGUGGAGAUUAGCGGGUUUCCAGAGUAUGAGGACAAUCAAGACGGCUGCUCUCUGAAUAUUAGUAUUAGGAGCCUACUGCCUGAAGAUAUUUCUUUUGACGCGGCGAAAUUGCGAAUAACUUCUGUUGAUGAGGGGCCAAGCAGAGAGCGCAUGUUUGAGGCGGCAGCUGGCUCAACUAUUACACUGAAACCGGGAAAGAAUAAGAUACGGUUGGACUGCAAAUCUGUGACGGCGGGACGUUACAAGAUAGAUCGAGUGGUCCUUUCGUCGAAGAAUAUUAUGCUGCACUUUGAGCGUGAUGUGAACGCUUCUUCGUCCAGCACAACAGAUAUCCUGAAACAUGCCGAUGUUAUGCUCUUCCAGCGUACCGGCACAUUCGACGUCCUCAUGUCGGCUACUAAACAAACGUCACUAGACAAAAACAACUCCCUUGACCUAGCAAUACAUGCAGGGUGGAAUUCUAUCAAGAAUUGCGAGAUUCGAGUGAAGCCGGCAACAGGGGGUCUACGCUUUUUGACAACAGAAGCAACGAUCCUGGACUCUUCAGCAGAAUUUGCCAAACCACCUGAAGCUGGCGUGUUUUGUUUCGAUGCCAUUGCUGCCAACACUGUGGUGACAGUGCGAUUCCCGUACUCUGUCGAGCAGGACGUUGCAGAUGUUGUUGCCAAAAUCGAAGUUACAUACGUAACGGAAGCCGAUGAUACGUUUCGACUGGCCAAGUCCUUAUCAGUGCCUGUGUCCUUGGCAGUUGGCGUUAAUGUCCAAGAUGUUUUCAAGCACCAGGCGCUUUUCUCUCGGUUUAAUAUUUCUACAGCAUCAUCCAGCCCACUACGGUUAUAUAACAGUGAGCUCCUAGGUUCAGAUCUCUUUGAGUCUACGUUUGGCGUUGCUCCAGCAAAUCCCGUCGUCAUAUUCAACAAGCAACCCGCAAGUCUACUGUUUAAAGUAAAGAGGAAAGAGGGGGCGAAGCCAAACAGUAAGGGCGGUAGGACCAUGUACCUGAAGCUUGACUACAGCCUUUUGGACGUUGAGAUGGAGCAAUUGAUGAGGCACUCUCUAACGACAGCUUUUGAGGCAAGUCCCCUAGCUCAGUAUUCCAAGCUAGUCAUUUCAACAGUUUGGAGCGAGUUCAAGAGCAAGCUGGUGCCACGAGACUUUGAGCAAGCUACUAUCAAGGGUGAGAUGACAACCGAAAGCUUGAAAGGUGUGGCAUGGGAGAAACACUUUGCUGGGAUCGGCGGGGCUCCAGGGGCUAGCGAGCAUGCAACCGAACAGUUAUCAGCACUUCUUCGGGCUUGGCAAAAGGACAACAGCCGUCUUGCCAUACCAUCGAGCGGUACAGUUGACAAGUCAUCGAUUCUCAUUCCGGUAGAGAUUCCGGCUCUGCCAGUUCUCCACACGGCAGACAUUCACCUGCAGAGCCUCAUCCCCAGUCCCGUACCCAGCAAUGCAGGCGGGGGGCUCCCAACGGUGUGUACGAAUCAGAUGCUCCCGGCAACUCUACACCUCAAGUGGACGCGGAUCUGGGACAACGACUCGUCUGUGCGUGACGACCAAGAAUUCAGUUAUGAGGUCACGGCGCCGGCGGAUACAUGGCUGCUGGGCGGACGUCGAAAAGGUCAUUUCGUGAUCCCGGGGCCAUCAGCGUCAUCACCAGCGGAGACCAUGACGUCAACACCAGAGACGGAGGCUGAGAUUCCACUCAUCAUGAUUCCUCUGCGCGAAGGCUGGCUCCCCUAUCCGCUUAUCGACAUCAGAGAGGUCGUCAACACAGAAGGGGAUAGCAGCGGUGGUUCAGUCGGUGGUCAGGCCAUGAUGGCUCCAGGAUGCGAGGUGGACUUACGGAAUCUGGGCGAGACGGUGCGAGUGGUAGGGGAUAGGAGCGGCAUGACGGUGAGCCUUGACGCGAGCGGCCCCGGAGGGGGCCCGUUGGUGUUUGAAAGCGAACGGUUGGCUGGGUUCAAGGGGAAAAUCGUCGAGUGA